AUGGAAAAGAAAAAUGAAAUUGCCCUAAAUAAAAGUACUGCAUUAAACGAUAAUAACAAGACAAAUGUGCACAAGUAUAGAAAGGAAAAAAGUUUAUUUAUAAGAAAAGAAAUUUUUGAUCAUGCUAUUAUAUACACAACAAACAAAUUAGAUGAGAACUUAUUAUUAAUUUAUUUAAAGAAUUUUUAUGAACAUUUUAAAAAUGCAAAAGUAAAUAAUAAUAACAAGGAAGAAAAUUUAAAUGAAGAGAUAUAUAUUAAUCUUGAUAAUUGGUUAGCAUAUAAUGAUUUAAUAAAAAAUCAAGACAAUCAAUUAUUUAGCAUCUUUAGUACUAAUAUAUGCAAAUCUUUGUGGAUACUAUUGAGUAUAACCCUACAGAGUGUGAGAAAAAAAAAUAAUUUAAAUCAGCAGAAGACCAUAUUUAACACUCCUUUAGAAGAAUUGUGUGUGCACAAGUAUGGUAAGGAAGUAGAGGAGUGUCCAAAGAGUGAAAGCGAAACUGCAGAUUAUGAGAAUGACAAGGGCGGUGGUGAUGGGGAUGGUAACAAUAACUGCAAUAGUUGCAAUGACGAAUAUCGAGCGAGGGGCAAAAAGGAUAACGAGGAGGAAGAAGGAAUGAGUAACCGACCUUAUAGUAACAUGGGGAAUAGGGAAAAGGGAAAAUAUGCUUGCGAGAAGAAUAAGAAGAAAAAAAAAAGUGCACAUUUUAAUGUAUGGAGUAGUGAGUGGUUAAAUGAAAAUAUAUGUAUAGAGUUAGUUAUAUUUUUUAUUAUUUUACAAUUUCUUAAAAUAGAUUAUAUAAGAAAAAAAUAUGAUAAAAGUUUAAGUGAAGAUUGUUGGCCUCAUUUUAUGGACUCACCAAGAGCGGUUAAUAAUUGUACUAAUGGCAGUUUUUCAAAAUUAAACAAUUCUAUGUGUAAAUCCAAUUUAUCUGAUUUUUUCAAUUUUUGUGGAAAAAAUUAUAAGCAUUUUUUGAAGACUUACCUGAUUGCAUUUUUAGCUAGUACUGAUAUUACAAAUAGUAGUACAUUAACCGAUGUACCACUUUAUUUUAAGAAUUACAAUUUUCUGUUUUUGGACUUUAUCGUAGAUACAAAUGAUAGUACAAAUGUACAUGAAAGGUUUUUAUUAAAUAAUGAACACAAAAUUUUGUAUAAGACCAAGGAUAUAUUGACGUGGCUUCUAGAUAAUUUGUGCGUGGGUGACUAUACCAGUGAGAAGGUUAAUUCACACAUUCCAUGUGUCGGAAAGAACACUAGUGGAAGCAGUAGUAAUGGAAACAGUGAUAGUAGUUGGAACAGUAUCAGCUAUAGUACCAACAGUAGUAACUGCUACAAGGGAAAUGGUUUACGUAGUGCUUACUCCCCGGCGUGCUAUGAAAAUGAUAACAUGCCAAAUUACGGAAUUGAAAAAAUAAACAACGAUAUAUAUGAAAUAAAAAAUUUGCAUGGAAAUACAUUAUAUAUAAAUAAUGAUAAAAGUAUUGUUAAUAUAAUUAACUGUGAAGAGUGUAAUAUAUUUAUUAUGUCUACAGUGGAAUAUUUGAAAAUAAAUUUUUGUGUUGAUUGUUAUAUUAUUUCCUUAUCAGUUGAAAUGAUUACUACUUUAUUUAAUUCCAAUAAUUUAGACGUCCAUAUAGUAACUAGAAGUCUAAAAAUAGAGAAUGUCGUUGAUACAAAUAUAUAUGUCUAUACUGAGACAAAUAUAAUUAUAUUUGGUGAUACAAGAAAUAUUCAAUUAGCUCCAUAUAACAUUUUGAAUAAGAAACAAAAAAUAUGUUUGCAAAAAGCAAAAAUAAAUUUUAAUGAAAAAAAAUGUGAACUCUUUGCAUUUCCACUGAAAUGUAAGAUGUUCUUAUCGCACUCUGUGAACUUAGGUAUUUCAAUGAAGACAACUAAUUGCCCAUUCUCUUUAGGCCGGAAUCAUAAUGAUAUUAAUGGUGUAAGCAAUGGUGUGGACAGCAAUAUUAGAAGUGGUAGUAGCAGAGAGAAGCACCACAGAGACGAUGAUGAUGAUGAUAAUAUAUAUUGUAGUAACAGUGGAAAUGGAAGUUGCGAAAGAAGGAAUAGCUCAAGGGGGGAAAGAAAAACGAACGAAAUAAAUAAAUCCUUUGAUUGCUCAAGUCUGUCCAGUUCAUUCACGGAUUAUGUUUAUUAUUUACUAAACCCAGCGAAAUUUUUCCUAAUAGAAUUUUCCGGGUCUAAUUUUUUGCGCGGGGGCAGUAUCACAGAUAAUGAUAGCGAAGGUAUUGAUACCAUGCGCAAUGAUAACACACGGAAUGAUAACAUACUCGAUGAUAACACAAGCAAUGAUAACAUACUCGAUGAUAACACAAGCAAUGAUAACAUACUCGAUGAUAACACACGCAAUGAUAACAUACUCGAUGAUAACACACGCAAUGAUAACACACGCAAUGAUAACACAAGUGUAGACAACAACCACAAUAGUAAAUAUCGUGGGGAUAAAAUCGAUGGAAAUGAAAACUACAAGAAUUUAAAAUGUAACAUGAGUGACUAUGUAAAUAAAAAAGAGGAUGACAAAUAUACAUGUUUAUAUCUACCGGAGGUUUAUAAAAAUGCAAUUGAAAAUCAAGAUGAGCAUAUACUUAGUUUUCUGAAUUUUAUGAGUAGUAUAAACUUGACCAAAUUACAAAAACAGAAAAUAACCAAAAUAUUAACUUUUAAAUUAUAUGAAUAUGUAAACAAGUCCAAAAAGACGUUCAGAGUACUAAGUGAUAUAAUCGCUAGAGAUCAUUAUAAUAAUGUAACGGUUCAUUAUAAUGAUGAGAAUUAA